GGUUGCGUGAUGUGUUUACUGCGUUUUCUGUGCCCUUUGCCUCGCUGUGACAUCUUUGGUAUAUUCCAACUUGUUGCUCGCUCUUUAUGGGCUACACGUUGCCUCGAAGAUCACCAUGAUCGCCUCCGACUCAGCCACAUCGAAGGUUGGAGAAGUGCUCAUUCAGAUGAUCCUGGCACAGCUUGCCAUGGUGGACCAGGCAAGUUUGCAAGGGCCUUGAUUCACCAUGUAUUCACAGAGAAGAACCUCAUGGGCCACUCACUUCUCGGAAACAACACCACCAAUAGGCAAAAAGAGGCUCUUGGCCUUAUCAGGGUCAACGCUGUUAUAGGCUUUACCUGUCACAAGUUUCCUGGGACAAACAUGGCCUACAUUAAGAACACUCUGGCCUCACUUCUCGCAGGGGACCUGAAGUGUUCAGAAGAGCCCAAGUCUGUGCUGCGGAGGAUCGAGCACCCCACCACCCGCCUUGAUGUCGCGGCAGAGAGGAUGGCAGUGGCUCAGGAGGGCAUCCUGGAGAAGGUGCGCUCCCUAGCACUAGACGUAGCUGGGCAUCUGCAGCAAGAAAGGAGGAAUUAA